CCAAGAUAUAAACACAGAGAGAGAGAGAGAGAGAGAGAGAGAGAGCACAGCAGUCGUCGGGACGUGAUUCCUGAUGAGCCGGCAGUUCCAGUGAGGGUGGAGUGUGUGUGUGUGUGUGUGUGUGUGUGUGUGUGUGUGACUAUGGUAUGAAUCAUGGGCUCACAUCUCCGCUCCAUCACAGUAGAGAUAUAGCAGCAUAAGGAGCUCGCCUGGCUGUAAUGUGGAUGUAGGAGGAAACACGUUCAUGAACCAGAGUUCUUCCUUCAUCAUCAUCUGAAUCAUCUUCAUCAUGUCAGUGAAGUCCGAAAGAGUGCAGAAGAAAUGGGCAGUAUUGAAAAGUCACCUGGGCUCAUCUCAGGACUCAGACUCAAGCACGCAGGAGGCCAACCUAGAGAAUGCUGAACCCGAGCUGUGCAUCCGCCUGCUGCAGGUGCCCACCGUGGUCAACUACUCUGGCCUGAAAAAGCGGCUGGAGGGCAGUGAUCAGGCAUGGAUGGUGCAGUUUCUCGAACUGUCAGGCCUCGACCUGCUGUUGGAGGCCCUGGACCGUCUCUCAGGUCGCGGCUGCUCGCGCAUCACCGACGCACUGCUCCAGCUCACCUGUGUCAGCUGUGUCAAAGCUGUAAUGAACUCAUCCAUAGGGAUCCAUUUCAUCAUGGAAAAUGAGGGUUAUGUGCGUAAGCUCUCACAAGCUCUGGAUACAUCCAAUAUCAUGGUGAAGAAGCAAGUGUUUGAGCUGCUGGCUGCCCUCAGCAUGUUUGAUUCAGAAGGAUACAGAUUGGCACUGGACUCUCUGGACCAUUAUAAGGCUAUAAAGAUGCAGCAGUACCGCUUCAGUGUGAUCAUGAAUGAACUGCAGAACACAGAUAAUGUGCACUACAUGGUGACGCUGCUGAGCUUCAUCAACGCGCUCAUCUUCAGCACAGAAGACCUGCGCCAAAGGGACAAGAUGCGCAAAGAAUUCAUCGGUUUACAGCUGCUUGACCUCCUGCCGAAGCUGCGAGAGGAGGAGGAUGAAGACUUGAUCAUCCAGUGUGAGGCAUUUGAGGAAGCCAUGGCUGAGGACGAGGAGGAACUGUUGAGGCUUUAUGGAGGCAUUGAUAUGAGCAAUCACCAGGAAGUCUUCAUCACUCUGUUUAACAAAGUGAGUAGCUCCCCUGCAUCUUUGCAGCUGCUGUCCAUCUUACAGACUCUGAUGUUGUUAGGACCAGAGCGAGCAGACAUCUGGCAGGCCCUGGAGGCUCUUACUAACCGUGCCGUCCUCCUGGCCCAGAACUCUCAAAUGGACUCCUGCGAGACGAUCAUGCAGCGGCUUAUUUUUUCCAAAGAAUCCUCCACUGGUGCUCAUCAUGUAGAUGCUCCACCUACAAAGAAAGCAGAUAAAGCAAUUCAGACCGAGUUGAAUGAUUGGGAGAAAGAAUCUUUAAGAAAUAUACCCAUGACCAACCAAGCACCGCCCUUCAGUUUCACAAAGAAGCCCUGCACCACCGAGCCUCCUCCUCCACCGCCUCCUCCUCCACCUCCAUUACCCAGUUUGGCUGCACCACCUCCUCCUCCUCCUCCUCCACCACCACCUGUACCGGGCAUGGGUGGUGUUCCACCUCCACCACCACCUUUACCAGGCAUGGGUGGUGUUCCACCUCCACCACCAUUAUUACCGGGCAUGGGUGGUGUUCCGCCACCACCUCCACCACCUUUACCAGGCAUGGGUGCUCCUCCUCCUCCUCCACCUUUACCUGGCAUGGGAAUGCCACCACCACCUCCACCCUUCCCUGGAGGUCCUCCAGUACCACCUCCACUCCCUGGCAUGCCAUGCCCACCUUUCCCACCUCCUAUGGGAGGAGAUAUAAUAGUAGCCCAGACUUUUCAGUCACUGGGGAGAUCUUACAGCAUGCCAGUGAAGACAGGUCCAUAUCCCACGCUUAGAAUGAAGAAGCUCAACUGGCAGAAGCUAAACUCCAAAGCAGUCACUGAUGGUUGCAAUAUUUGGGCCUCAGAACAAACCGAUUCCCCUCUGGUACCUGACUAUACCAGCAUCGAGCAACUCUUCAGUCUCCCAGUGGCUGAGCCCAAAGAGAAAGGCCCAGUUGCUCCUGCUAAGAAAGAACCCAAAGAAAUUUCCUUUAUUGAUGCCAAGAAGAAUCUGAAUCUGAAUAUAUUUCUCAAGCAGUUCAAAUGCUCUAAUGAGGAGUUUGUGGACAUGAUUCAGAAAGGGGAUCGUUCCAAGUUUGAUGUCGAGGUGUUAAAACAGCUACUGAAGCUCCUUCCAGAGAAACACGAGAUCGACAACCUGAACUCUUUCCAAGGAGAACGAGACAAGCUUGCCAACGUCGACAAGUUUUACCUAUCGCUCCUCGCUGUUCCCUGCUAUCAACUGAGGAUUGAUUGCAUGCUGUUGUGUGAGGAGACUGCGUCUGUAUUGGAGAUUCUGAAACCCAAAGCACAGCUGGUGGAGGAGGCUUGUGAGAGUCUCAGAGCUAGCACACUGCUGCCCAGUUUCUGCAGGUUAAUCCUUCGAGUAGGAAACUUCCUCAACUAUGGAAGUCAUACAGGAAAUGCUGAAGGAUUCAAGAUUAGCUCCUUGCUGAAGCUGACAGAAACCAAAGCCAACAAGGGCCGUAUCACUCUGUUGCACCACAUCCUCGAGGAAGCCGAGUUGAAUGACCCUGAGCUUCUGAACCUCCCUGACGACAUUGAAAGCUGUGAAAAGGCAGCAGGAAUAAACCUAGAUUGCAUUCAGGCUGAGGCAAGUGCACUGUCCAAGCGUUUAAGGGACACCGAGAAAAAAGUCUCGUCAUCAGUUCAAGAUGUUCAAGAUCAGUUUUUAAGUAUUAUCAAGGAGAACCUUCGGGCAUGUAAAGGUUUGGAGGACUGCUUUGCGGACAUUGAGAAGAAGAAAGGAGAUCUGGCUCAGUACCUGUGUGAAGAUGCUGCUCAGCUGUCACUAGAGGAGCUCUUUAGCACCAUUAAGAUCUUCCGUGGGCUUUUCCUCAAAGCAUUAAAGGAGAACAAGAUCCGUAAGGAGCAAGCUGCCAAGGCAGAGAAGAGGAAAAAGCAGCUGGCAGAGGAGGAGUCCAAGCGACAGAAAGGAGAGAACGGCAAGAUCAUUAGAAGAGGAGGUGUGCCUCAGGAGGAUGGCUGCAUCAUUGACAACCUGCUAGCUGACAUCAGAAAAGGUUUCCAGCUUAGAAAGACCAGGCCCAGGUGCGAAACGGAAAGUGCCCCCUCUAGUGAAAUGCAUAGGGACACCGCACAAAGUGUCAAAUGUGCAGAAAGAGAAGUCACAUCAGGUGUACCUCAAGACCCCCCUCCUCCUCAGCCAAAGGAAACAAAUCUCGAAGGUCCAGUCAGCGCUUCCUCCACCAACCCCAGAGGAGAAAGAGCAGCCACAGCAACUGGUAAUGAAGUUCCACUCACACAUCAAGAGACCCAAUCAGGCCUCUCCACCGAACACACACUGUCUAACCAUACAGCUACACCGCUCAAGCCUUCCGCAGAGCUUCCUCCAGUUCAGGAUUGCUUAAAAGAUAACAUAGAAACUCCUCUUCCAACUGAAAUCCUUAGUGAGAAAAACUCUUCCACAGAGACUCCACUGACAGAAAAGACCUCUGUGGACACACGAUUCUCUACAGUGCCUCCAUCUACUGUGAACCCAUCUGCAGCAACAGAUGGCACACAACAAAACUGUAACUCUAAUAAUAGCCAAGUCAAAGACGACCAAGCUUUUACUGAUGCCACACUCAAAAACGUGACCAAUAUCAACUCUGGUGCUCAUACUGACUCGCAUGUGGAAGUACACAGCAUGGUCAGCGAUGAAAUGGUGCCAGAAAGCCAAGACCAGAAUGCAAAGAAACGCUCAAGCACAACUCAGGUAGACUCUAGCCGCGCCACAGAGUCAUCUCUUGCUGGUAACAGUAAUACAGAGAUGCCGGGUGAGCCUGAUGCACCUGACGGAGCAGGUGCUGUGGAUGGCUCUGCCCCCUCGGAUCCUCCCGCCUCUCAGCCGAAAUCACAUAAGCUCAUCCAAGGAAGGAAAAAAAGCAAUAAAGAAGCUGAGGGUAACAGCGAAGGAGACAGUAAGCGUAAAAAGACCUGUGUGUUGCAAUAAGGGAGAACCAGGAAAGGGAAACCGCGAGGGAAGAGAUGAAGCUUUAAUUGUAUAGCUGUAUCCAUGAUCAACUUUUAAAGCUCCCUUUAACUGCUCUCACACUCGACACUCAGAAACCAAGGGCUGAGCACUCGGAACAGAAUCAAAACUUUCGUGUGGACCACGUGCUGAUGUUUUAAGGAAGAAAAAGCAUUAUUUUUGGAAAAAGCUUAGUUUUGCCCUUUAGAAUGUGGCCAAAUAUUUCAUUAGUUUGUGCACUAUAUUAUGAUAAGCCAAAUCUUUGUUUACAUAUAGAUAUAUAUCUGGGAGCAAUGGACAAAAAAAAAAAAAAAAAAGAAAUCAAAAUUGUGUGUAUAUUGGAAUUAUAUGAGUUUACCAGUAAUAGUUUAAGAUGGCCCAGUGUUACAGAUUUGAAUCAGAAAAAUGCUGUAAGAUUUUAGGUUGAUGGAAUUUCAUAUGUUGCUGGUAAAUAUUGCAAGUCAAAUAACCCUUUCAAGAUCUAAUUAUCAGAGUGAAUGUAUAGUAUCUGUUAAAGAGAACAAAGUAUUCUAUCAUGUGGUUUGUUAUAGCAAUAUAAGCAUCUCUGAGAGCCCAAAAUAAGUGUCAUUAAUGUGGGCUUUGGAGUAAAUGAGGUUGGCAGCUUCACCUUAUAUCCCUUUUAAUCUUGUGCAAACCUGUCUGGAAAACUGGUCCCUAUAUUAUAUUUGGCUGUCUUAGUAAUAAUGUAAAUGUUAUAUUUAUAACUGACUACUUAGUGUAGUGUAUGAUGUAACGUAAGAAAAAAAAAUAUUUAGUUAAUUUCUAUCUGUUGCACAGUGGUUGUUGAAAUAAAUACAGCAGUUGAUGUAUGCUGUGGUUGGUGUAAUUUACAUAAACUCUUCUGGAUGGACUCUUAAUAUAACCAACUAACAGUCAACAUAGGACAACAUAAGCUCUAGUACUGGUUUUGUUUUUGCAUAUUUCUGAAUAAUGCCAAAAGACAAUGGCUCAACAUUUUACAGUGUGCUUUUAAUGGAUUUAUUAAAAGCACACUGCCAAAGCACAACAGGAAUUCAACACUCAAUGCUUCUACUGAGGAAGAAAUAACUGUUAAUUAAAUUUUAGAUUAUUCUCUGAGGUGUGAUUAGUUGUGUAUUGUCUUUCACAUUACUAUACUUUCAAUAAAUACAUUUUCUUAACAAA